CGGUCGUCAUUUUUUAUUUUCCCAAAUCCUUUCCUUAUAUAAUUCUCUGUCAGUUUGAACCGUCUCUCUCUCUCUCUCUCUCUCUCUCUCUCUCAAAUCCGCGGCUAUAUAAACCCAGACCUCCCUCCGUCGUUUCACGUAAAAACGAUCUCUCUCGCAUUCUCUGCUUUCUACUCGCUUCAAUUUCCGGCGUCCGUCUCAAUGGUGAUGGAGGACAACGAGAGCUGCGGGAGUAGAGCAGUGCACGACAUGUCGUCUCCGGCUCAGUCCCACUCCCGGCAACAGCGCCAGAAGCUUCAGGUCUACAAUGAGGUUCUUCGCCGCCUCAAGGAUUCUCAAAACGACGAGGCUAUUCUCCCUGGCUUCGACGAUGAGCUUUGGGCUCACUUCAAUCGCCUUCCCACUCGCUAUGCGUUGGAUGUGAAUGUGGAGAGGGCAGAAGAUGUUCUUAUGCAUAAAAGGUUGCUGCAUUUGGCUCAUGAUCCUGCUCAAAGACCAGCCAUCGAAAUCCGGCUCGUACAGGUUCAUCCAACUUCAAAUGGGAAUUCAGCUGAUUCUGUCAAUUCAGAUUCUCCGGGUAAAGAUGCUGCCCAAAGUUCAAAGUUAUCUAGCAGACAAAGUAUACAUCCACCUCCGGCAUUUGGCUCAUCGCCCAACCUUGAAGCCCUUGCACUUGAAUCAAAUAAAUCUCAUGAUCAAGAUGAUGAACAUUCUGUACAUGCCAACACACAGUUGAGUCGGCCCAUGCAUGAAAUCACUUUCUCAACAGAUGACAAGCCAAAACUUCUCAGUCAGUUGACUUCCUUGCUUGCAGAGCUUGGGCUGAAUAUCCAAGAAGCACAUGCAUUUUCCACGCUGGAUGGUUACUCCUUGGAUGUCUUUGUUGUUGACGGCUGGCCUUACGAGGAAACGGAGCAGCUCAAGACUGUUUUGGAAAAGGAAGUUUUGAAGAUUGAGGGACCAUGGCCAAUACAUCGAUCAUCAUCUUCUGGUAGUGAACAUGAUCAAGUAGUGAUCAAAUCUGAACCUAAUCAACUGAUUAUACCCAAUGAUGGGACUGAUGUAUGGGAAAUUGAUCCUAGACAGUUGAAAUUUGGAAACAAAGUUGCAUCUGGGUCCUGUGGUGAUCUAUACAAAGGUACUUACUGUAGUCAAGAAGUGGCGAUUAAAGUCCUCAAACCUGAAUGUGUGAAUUCAGACAUGCAAAAAGAUUUUGCCCAGGAAGUCUUUAUUAUGAGGAAAGUUCGACAUAAGAAUGUUGUACAAUUCAUUGGUGCAUGUACCAAGCUCCCAAGCCUGUGUAUUGUAACAGAAUAUAUGUCUGGUGGAAGUGUGUAUGACUACUUACAUAAACAAAAGGGUGUUUUUAAGCUCCCAUCCUUGCUCAAGGUAGCAAUUGAUGUUGCCAAGGGAAUGACCUACUUGCACCAGAAUAACAUAAUCCACAGGGAUUUAAAAGCUGCCAAUCUCUUGAUGGAUGAAAAUGAAGUUGUCAAGGUUGCUGAUUUUGGGGUUGCCAGGGUCAAGUCUCAAUCAGGAGUAAUGACAGCAGAAACUGGGACAUAUAGGUGGAUGGCUCCAGAGGUAAUAGAACACAAGCCAUAUGAUCACAAAGCUGAUGUAUUUAGCUUUGCAAUUGUGUUAUGGGAGUUGCUGACUGGAAAGCUUCCAUAUGAAUACUUGACCCCACUACAAGCUGCUGUUGGAGUGGUCCAAAAGGGCUUACGGCCAACCAUUCCAAAGCAAACUCAUCCAAAGCUUACUGAGUUACUUGAGAAAUGCUGGCAACAAGAUCCAGCAUUAAGACCCGACUUCUCAGAAAUCAUAGAGAUGCUGCAGCCAUUAACCAAGGAGAUUGGUGAUGAAGGAGAAGAACGACGCAAGUCAUCUGGAGGAUUUCUGUCCGUCCUUAGACGAGGUCAUCACUAAUCAAGGCACAUAGAUAUUUAUUACAUAAGCAAAGGACUGCAGCAUGGGGAAUUCCCCAUAGACUUUUCACAUAUCAUGUACAGUGUUACACCCCCAUAUCUACGUCUUUCCUUGUUCAGAUUUGAUAGUCAAUUUUUUACCAGCCGACCAUUCUUGUUUUUGUUUCUUUCGUUUCUAAUUCUAUAUCAUAGCACUUAUCACCACCAUGUAACUAAGGGUAUUGGUCUGCCUGAGCAUUGUAACUUUGCAAAUAUCCUGCGGCUUCACAAUGAAAUAGUGUCAUGAGUUUUUGUUUCA